AUGGCUACCGUCCCAGGCGCGCUCUUCUGGCGUGAGGGGAGCCAGCCGCUUCCCACGAACACUCAGGUCAAUCAUUACGAAACAAAGCUGAUCAAAAUCGAGGUCCCAGUCGGUGGAGGCGGCAUUUUGCAUGCAGCGGCUGCUGUGUGCAUCCCCGAGGGCUGCUCUUUCUGCAGCCAGAUAAUGGAGCAAACGCCCAGUCCCAUCCCUGAUAACGACCACCCGAUGAAUGAUGCGGACAACAUCAAUACUAUUCCCAGUGCUACUCUUGCUGUAGUUGGACUUGGCGAAGGAUUGUAUGAAGUCAGGGCCAUUGUCGACUCCCUUCGCUCCACACGUACACGCAAGUUUCAAUACAAGGUCUGGUGGCGAGGCUAUCCAAAAGAUGAGGCUACCUGGGAACCGCUUGAUCAGGGAAUUGGGGAGAAUCAUCUUUACAUUUCUCUUUUCCAUGGGGAUUAUCCGCAAGCUGAUAGACCAUCAAGGCAGGAGGCAGCUGAAUUCGGUAUUGAGCAAUUCUUGUGGAGGACGCCACCUUCUCCUUAG